CCUUAUUUACGUUGUAGCCUACGGUUUGUCAUUUCCUUUUUACGUUGUACGGUUUGGAGUGAUAUUUUAGACAUUCGUAGGCGUCAUCAUUAUUUUAAUACUACGUGAUGUGUUUCAAAAAAACUGCAUUUGCUGUUGAACACUUUGAGACUGUAUGACUAGAUCAGUGACAUAAAGUCGAAAUAACUUGUGCAGACGCCAUUUGGCAAACUGAAAGUAGACUGUCAGUCAAUGUUAACAAGGAACCAGUCAAAAUGGUAUGAAACUACUUUUAGAGGCUUGGAUACUAUUAAGGGUGACACUUAUAUUAACAUAAAAUAGCGAGAAUGAUGAGACGUGGAAAGCCUGUAGACAAUGUCGACGUUAAAGUUGUGUUGCUUGGUAAAGCCUUUGCUGGGAAAACCUGCCUUGUGCAGCGAUAUAUCAAUCAAAGUUACAAUGACACGCCAUACUCUAACACAAUUGGUGCUGCCUUUGCAUCUAAGAAGCUGAGUUGCAAAGGAAGAAAUGUAGUGUUGAAUAUAUGGGAUACAGCUGGUAGUGAACGAUACCAGUCCAUGAGCAAGAUCUACUACAGAGGAGCUAGAGCAGCCAUACUGUGUUAUGACCUGACAGACAAAUCUAGCUUUGAGAAAAUUAGAUUCUGGGUCAGUGAAUUACAGACGAAUGAGGAGAAUUGUCGAAUGUAUCUCUGUGGUACAAAGAAGGAUCUUAUAGAUGAUGAUCCAGAAUCUAGAGCAGUCAGUUUGAGUGUGGUAGAGUCUUUAGCACAAGAUUUACAAUCAGAUAUAUAUGAGACAUCCAGUAUUACAGGUGAAACUGUAGAUGAAAUGUUUGAGAAACUUGCAGAGGACUAUGUAUUAAACAUGAAAAGCAAUCCUUCCACAAAAGAAAAUGGAGUGGAUGAAUCUGUUUUGACCCUGCAUGAGCAUUCCCCAUCAACACAUCGAUGGAAAUGUUUCCAGUGUUAGACAAUUAAAACAUAGAACAGAAUCCUGUUGAUACAGUGUGUUAUUCAAUGUGAUUGUGUAUGUAACUUGUAAUAUAAUGCAACACUUUGAUGUUUCCAGUUUCUAUGGGUUGUUUUUUACAUGGAAAAAAUCUAUUUUUAUUGAAUUAAUUUGCCUUCUUGUCUUUUUAUAUGAAGUCUUUGGUAAUUUGGAAAAUUUUCUGAUUUGUGUGUCAGAAUGGAUAUUCUCUUUGGUUCUAAAUUUGUCCACUUUGGAGAUAGUUCUGGAGGAAAGAAACAAUGUUAUAAUCUUAAGAUGUUUGCAACUAAUUGCUAAUAAGCCCAUAACUGGAACUACACUUUGUUAUUUGUUGCUGUAGGUAUGAAGAACAGCAGAUGCUCUGUUAUUUUCUGUAGUACGCCUUUCGCCCUAUGUUAAUUAAGAUUAUGUGUUGUCCUGGUUGGAUUAUUGUUGGGAAUCCAUGUAUAUGAUUCAUAUGUAAGAACAUUGCAGGGUAUAAUAUUGUACAUGUAAGAUUGAUAUUGGUGAAGAUGAAGUAAAGUUCAUUGUUACCAAGUAAGACCAGUCUGAAUCAAGUCUUAUCAGGCAUGAUUAUCUUUUUAUGAAUUUAUUUUUCAAAAGUGUUUGCCAGAAUCUUAUAUUUUGAAGUUUUUGUUAGUAAUAUAUAUGGCACUCUUUAAAAAAAAAUUCUUCAUUAUAAAGAUGAUAGUUUCUGUAUUUAUUUGGUUGGAAGGUUUGAUAUCUUGUGUAUCAUUAGUUAGAUAGUAAGGUUGCACAGCUUCUAUGUUAUGCUUUAAAAAAUACUUCCUUGUUUAUGUUAGUUCUCUCAUGUUUCAGUUGUAGUUUUAUGAUACAACCCUGCACAUUACACGGUCGAUGAAUAAAUGGACAACUACCAUGUACAGCUACGUAUGUGACUCUUGACACUUAUUUGAGUGAUUUAAUUAAAAAUGAUUAUUAUAACAUUCUUAACAGCCCAUCAACAUAUAAAAUGUCAUUAGGGCCAUCAACCGGUAGAGUUGAUUAAAAAAUUGUAGGAUAUAUUAAAAAGGUUUGCUUCAUUCAUGUUCAGGUAUGAAAUAAAUUACUGAUAUAUACAUAUAGGGUUAGUGCAAUUCAUCAUUAUAUCAAGGAUCUACUAUUUAUAAUUUUUAAAAAAUUAAACUUCCUGUCUUGUUAAAAUUUAUCUCUAGUAAACUUUAAGCUCAGGUAGUUACCAGGUGAUAGAUCUUUAUACUUGUGUGAAAUGGGAACCCGACAAAUUGAUAGCUCUUCUGAUGAAGAAUUGAUAAUCACAGGUAAGUGUUGUACAAAAUUCAUGCUAUUUUGUUUCAGGAAGAAGAUUAAGGAACUAUAGAGCUAGUCAGUAACUUAGUAUUAUCUCCCCUUACUUCAUGGUACGGGUAUUAUCUCCCCUGGCUUCAUUGUAUGUGUUUCAAUAGAACUAGUUCCUUACAAAGAAAUAUUGCUUAGUGUAGAGAUUCUCUAGAAAACUGAUAAGGUAAUGGUGAUAGCAUAUACAUCAUUGAUAUAUUUAAAUUUGAAUACUACCUUCAUAUUUACUUGAUCACUGAUAAACCAUGUGCCCAUAUUUGUAAAAUUUGAAUAUUGGUACUAAAGUUUGAUUUGAUAUUCUUUUGUGAAAAUGUCACUUUAUUUACUCAAGUUGGUCAUCUCCAUUCUGAAAUAUGACUUCUGGCACAAAAGUGCCAAGUGAUGUACAGUAUAUUUAUAACAUUUCUGUUUUCAUAUUUUCUGUUGGAGGAACUGCACAUGACUAAGAUCUUCCUCAGAUCGUUGGUGUGCCAUAUUGGGUUCUUUUAUACAAAUAAUGUCAUCUGUAUUUUUUGCAUAAAAUUAAUUGAAUUAAUAAAAAUUAACAGAAAAAACA